AUGGAGAAACAUAUUGAAGUUUUAGUUAAAGAGAUGAAGCAAAUGAUGCGUGAGAUGAAGGUCCCCAUCCACAAUCCAUCUGCUUAUGAUAUUGCAUGGGUGGCCAUGAUUCCAAGUGAUAAAUGUGGAGGGGAGCCCAUGUUUCCAAAGUGUUUAGAAUGGAUUAUUCAGAAUCAAAAAGUUGAGGGAUUUUGGGGAGGGGACGAUGACGGCAACUCUCCCUCUCCCACCGCUGAGUGCCUCCCUGCUACACUUGCAUGCAUUGUUGCCCUUAAGACUUGGGACGUAGGUCACGAGUGCAUGGAGAGAGAUACCUCAGUGGGGAAGAUGUUCUCCAUCCAUAACAAGAAUUGGGUUCAUGUUGUGGCAUCCUACUACCCUAAUCAUGUAACCUUCUGUUUCUGGUUCGACUUCAUUCUUGAAAACAUAGAGAAGCUCCUGCUUGAACAUUCUCCACAAUUUUCAACUCAAUGGUUUACUGUCGUUUUUCUUGGUACGAUUGAACUAGCUCAAAGCAAAGGACUGGAAAUCUUUCCCAAAGGUUUCCCAACGCCGGUAAAAUCUCUUUUUAGAGAAAGAGAGAGAAUUCAUAAUACGGAAAAUUCGACACAAGUUUAUGAAGUUGCUCUGUUAUAUCAUUUGGAAGCCAUGCCAGCAACGUACGAGAUCGAUUUCGGAGAGGUCUUACGAUUCAAGGGCCCUGAUGGGUCCCUAUUUGGAUCUCCUUCUUUAACAGCAUGCGCAUUCAUAGCUACAAAGGAUUCUGAUUUCCUCAACUAUCUCAUAUCCAUGUUUCAGAAAGUUGGAAAUGGAGUUCCUGCAACAUAUCAUGUGGACGAGGGGUUCAUUAAGCUAUGGAUGGUCGACGUGUUGGAGAAUUUAGGGUUGGAAGAGUACUUUUUAGAAGAGAUACAAAAAGGGUUAAAAGAUACAUAUAUAAACAAUGCGCAACUCUUGGUGGCAGAAGAAAUGUACAAGGAUUCACUUGCAUUUAGAUUUCUACACCAUGGAUACCGUGUGUCCCCACGUGAGCCAUUUUUUUGGCAAUUUGCUGGUAAGUUUUGUUGGUACUUGUCCAGCCCUCAAAUCAGAUCGCACGUGGAAGAGAACUACGAAGAAUAUUUAAUCCCAAUGCUCAGUGUUUAUAAGGCAUCCCAUUUUAUGUUCGUGGGAGAAAACGAACUUGAAAAUGCAAUGUCCUUCUCCAAAUCACUGUUAGAGAAGGCUUUGUCCAACCAUAACACCUAUGCUCGUUUCCUUUUUCUCAAGGAUCUUCGAGAUGAGAACCAUGCGAACGUCGAAGGAAUAUUCGCAUACCGCUAUAACAAGGCUGCUCAGAUGUCUGGAUACAUUUUUCGUAGAUCCAUUCAUGGAGACUUCGGGGGAGAAGGGACAUUGAGGGAUGAUUUUAAAGUCUACACCCUGUUGGACGUUUUGGCGGCGUUGUUGGCAGCCACACCAGGUUUGACAGGAUGCUUGAUACAACAGUUUCUUACUUGUGAGGGGUGA